AUGGAUCGCAUACAAUCUGCAGCGCUGUCACCUCACAUAUCACCUUCUGCAUCCAUCAAGGAGCAACAAGGGCAGGUGCGGUCAAAUCGCACGACUCUAUUGACCCUGCCACCUGAGCUCCAGACCAAGAUCUUUUUACAUCUUGCUGUGUCCUGGGGCAAGUCAACCAUUCAAGAGGUUCUGAGGACCUGCAAGCAACUCUACGAGGUGGCACUUCCGAUCUCCGUAUCUAUCUUUCGGAAUACGAUAAACCAAACCGAGGGGCAGGGUCCCUGUUCUACUACUCGUAAUAUACAGUUCCUGCGCUACAUUCUUGUUUCCAAGCCUUGGCUGGCCAAAGACGUCAGAACUGUUGUGUUUGGACGCAUCUCGUCACGAGAUGGAGAAGGCAAUGAUAAGGAAGAAAGACCUAGCCAGGCUUCAAUCACCGAGGAAGAAACUGCCAUUUAUCAACAACAUAUCGAGUUCAUCUUAGGUCAGCUACCUUCUGGGUAUACUGAGAGAUGGACCGCUGAGUGGGUAGAAGAUCUCAAAAGUGGCACUUCUGAUGCUCAGGCUGCUCUGAUCCUACUCGCCUGCCCGAACAUCCACACACUCUUAUAUGAGAUGCCUGACCAACCAAGGCAUUUCACUCAUCUACUAAGUUUAGUCCACAACUUGACUGAGAUCAACGCGUCCAUUCGUACCCAUGAUCAUUCUAAAAUGAUUAUCCCACUCUCCAAUCUCCAAGAUGUCUUUCAUGAAACCAUGGACUACAAGCAUGGCUACUCCGAAUUCGGGAUGGAGGCACCGGAGUUCUUCACCUUCCCUCGGCUUCGGUAUUACGAAUGCAUUCUGGCCCAUGUGUGGUCCAACGUAGAAGGGAGGUUUGAACGCCUGCCACGUGCGUCAUCGUCGGUUGAAGAGAUCAUCCUUCACGCUUCUUAUAUCAAUAAGGACACACUUGAUGGCAUGCUAGGUGCUUGUAAAGCACUUAGAAAGUUCGAAUUUACUCAUUUUCCGCUCAAUCGUGAGCUAGGUACUCCAUGUCUGAUGAUGCCUCGAGAUGUCAUGGACGCUAUCUUGCCUCACGCUAGCACGUUCGAGUCUCUCUAUCUGAAUAUGGAGGAGACUUGGGAUAAAGAAUGGAAAUGGGUCGGUUGCCCCGAGCGACUAUACAUGGGGAUGGGGCUUCGUCAAAUGUGCAUGCUGAAGAGGCUUGAGAUUGGCAUGCAAGCCCUUACUGGAAUGCUCGUGUGCGACCCUGACACUCCUAAUCCACCCGCCCCUAACAUGCCCGUGAGGGUAAAAGGUGCCCCCAAGAUUGCCGACUGUCUCCCCGAGAGCCUGGAAUGCCUCAAAAUAUAUGAAUGUGGAAUGCCGAUAUUGGAUCAGGCGGCCGAGCUGAUCCGGGUGAUUGAGCAAGGGCAUGGCUUUAUGAGGCUCACCUACAUUGGCUUGCUAUUCAAUGGAUGGAAAAUGGAUCCAGAUAAAGAUUUCCCUCAAGUCAGGAAACUAACCUGUAAUGCUUCCCAUGUGCGCCUAGAUAUUAGUUUCCGGGAAGAACUACUCUACUUGUGUGAAUUAGGAGAGACUGUGAGACUUCCGGACGAUGAUCAGCGAAAUCGAAACAUAACGUCUCGCAUAUAUGCGCCACAUAUUAGAAAGAGGUACCGGGAGGUGCGAGGGCAACCUGACUUUUGGUUGUGGUGUGACGCCGACAUGUAA